UCUGCCCCCGCCCCUGUGACCCAGUUUUUUGGCCCCUGAAGGGGGGAGUAAGGGACACACUCCCCCGCUCCAGCCUACGCAUUCUCCUCCCCACACUUGUUUGGUGGGUGCUUAGCCGGGGCAGGAGAGAAGGUGACUGGGAAAGGAGGGGCAUCAGCUGUCAGAAACACGCGUGUGACACGCGGCUGAGGACACACAGGUGCCCCCAAUGGCCACGCAGGCACAUUCCCCUUGCACGGUGACGGGUACCUACCUGGGCACACGCAUAUCUAACGCACGUGCACAGGCAUGGAUAGAGACACAUGGGAGACCCAUGCAAUGCAGGCACAUGUGUUCUCACACACACACACACCCACCCACAUGUGCACAGAACCCAGGCACAGCGAAGCAACCCCCUCUCCCUGAUCCCUAUAGCCUGGAGCUCAAGCUUGGGCUGGGGAUCCCCGCCGCACCCCUACAUCCCUGCUGGGAAUGCUGGGUCGGCGCCCUCCAUUGCCUUUGUUGCUUUCCCUCAGCCUCCUCACACUACCCUCCUGUGCUGAGGGGACUUUGGGGAUAGAAGACAGGUGGGACUUGGCUCGGUAGCCAUGGGCAAGCAGAACAGCAAGCUGCGGCCCGAGAUGCUGCAGGACCUGCGAGAGAACACGGAGUUUUCGGAGCUGGAGCUGCAGGAGUGGUACAAGGGCUUCCUCAAGGACUGUCCCACAGGCAUCCUCAACGUGGACGAGUUCAAGAAGAUCUACGCCAACUUCUUCCCCUACGGCGACGCCUCCAAGUUUGCCGAGCACGUCUUCCGCACCUUCGACACCAACAGCGACGGCACCAUCGACUUCCGGGAGUUCAUCAUCGCGCUGAGCGUGACCUCCCGCGGCCGCCUGGAGCAGAAGCUCAUGUGGGCCUUCAGCAUGUACGACCUGGAUGGCAACGGCUACAUCAGCCGCGAGGAGAUGCUGGAGAUCGUGCAGGCCAUUUACAAGAUGGUUUCGUCCGUGAUGAAGAUGCCAGAGGACGAGUCGACCCCGGAGAAGAGGACCGAGAAAAUCUUCCGCCAAAUGGACACAAACAAUGACGGCAAGCUGUCCCUGGAGGAGUUCAUCCGCGGGGCCAAGAGCGACCCAUCCAUCGUGCGCCUGCUGCAGUGCGACCCCAGCAGCGCCUCCCAGUUCUGAGCGCCGGCAGUCCGCGCCCCCUCCUCCCGGCUUCCUCCUCUUUGUGUCUGUCCAGGCUGGGGGCCAGGCUGGGGACCCGGUCCGCGGGCCUGCACCGUGAGGGGAGGCCCCAGCACGCACCGGAUAGCACCCCCCCAAUGUGAGAGACGGACGCAGGCUGCUUUGUCUGCCCCUGGGUCAGCGGCCCUUCCCAAGGUCAACCGACCAGCUCCCCUCCCCCCACAAGGUGGCGGGCCAGGCUCCCCUCUUGCCCGUCUCAGCCUGGGCAGAGGGGAGCCGAGCGCAGGGGAGGUGGGCAGAGAGGGAUUCCUGGGGUGUGUGAGGAAGCGGUUUGCUUGCGACAUCCUCCCCUGCAGCAGGGCCUCACCCCUCCUGCCCCAGCUCUUGGAGGCCACGAUGCCAAGGAGACGGCUGCCCCCAGGGCCCCAGCCCUCAGGCUGCAGGUCCCACAGCCCCCGCCUGCCUCUCAGCGCGGCCAGCCACACGCAGCCCCGCAGCCCCGGGACCCUCUGUUUGUCGCCUUUCUCUUAUGCACACACAGACCCGCAGGCAGACGGGCACAUGCACCUUAGAGAGCCCCACAGCGUCCUGUGUGGGAAGCAGCACAGCCCCCCUCCCCCCGCAAAUCCCCCACUCCAGGUCCCUACCCCAUGCAUGCAGCCACAUGGAGCAUCUCUGUUCUUUUUAAUAACUUCACAAUAAAGUCUCGUUUCAGUGCAA